AUGUCCGCUUCGCCUUCGCCAGCUCGUUCGCCCUCGGGCGAUCGCUCCGCAACCAGGAGCCCUUCUCCUGAUGAGGGUCCGGCUUCGAAGCGCAAGAGGUCACCUUCGCGUUCUCCCCGCGUGGGCUCGCCAUCGCCUCCCGCACAGCGCCGCCGCUCGAGGUCGCCGCCUCUUGCGCGUCCCGAGCCCACCUUUGACAUGCCCCGCGUGAAUGAUGUGGACCCCGUCCGCAAGCGCCAGCGCGAGCAGGCCAUGUUGGCGGCGAAGAUUGAUGCAGAAUUGGACGGUGGCAAGGCCAACGGCUCGUCGACCGCCCUUACAACAACGUCCAAGGGUGAUGAAGUUGCGCGCGCCGAGUUUACCAAGUUGCUUGGCUCGCGUACGGGUGGCGCGUACAUCCCCCCUGCGCGGCUUAGGGCGAUGCAGGCCGAGGCGAGCAAGGACAAGACCAGUGCAGAGUACCAGCGCCUUAGCUGGGAUGCUCUCCGCAAGAGCAUCAACGGUAUGAUCAACAAGGUCAACGUGUCCAACAUCAAGCACGUCGUCCCCGAGCUGUUUGCCGAGAACCUGAUACGUGGAAAGGGCCUGUUUGCGCGCUCCAUCAUGAGGGCUCAGGCGUCUUCCCUCCCCUUCACUCCCAUUUUUGCCGCCCUGGUCGCGAUUGUCAACACCAAGCUCCCCCAGGUCGGCGAGCUUGUCCUUACCCGUCUUAUUGCCCAGUUCCGCCGUGCAUACAAGCGUAACGACAAGACUGUUUGCAACGCCACCUCGACGUUUAUCGCUCACCUGGUCAACCAAUUCGUCGCCCACGAGAUUGUCGCUCUCCAGAUUCUUCUCCUCUGUCUUGAGCGCCCCACCGACGACUCCAUUGAGGUCGCUGUCAGCUUCAUGCGUGAAGUUGGUCUCUUCCUCAACGAGAACAGCCCGCGCGCCAACACCAUGAUCUACGAGCGUUUCCGUGCCGUUCUUCACGAGGGCAGCAUCUCGAAGCGUUGCCAGUACAUGAUCGAGGUCCUGUUCCAGGUCCGCAAGGACAAGUACAAGGACAACCCGAUGAUCCCUGAGGGUCUCGACCUUGUCGAGGAGGAGGAGCAGAUCACCCACCGUAUCAGCCUGGACGACGAGCUCAAGGUGCAGGACGGUCUGAACCUCUUCAAGGUGGACCCCAACUUUUUGGACAAUGAGGAGCGCUACCGCCAGAUCAAGAUUGAAAUUCUUGGCGACUCGGAAGACGAGGACUCUGGCACCGGCAGCGAGUACAGCGACGAGUCUGACGACGAGGACGUGGCGCCUGAGAAGGAGGGUAUUACCGACAUGACGGAGACCAACCUGAUCAACCUGAGAAGGACCAUUUAUCUUACCAUCAUGAACUCGCUCAACUUUGAGGAAGCUGUCCACAAGCUGCUCAAGGUCAACCUCCCCGAAGGCCGCGAGAUGGAGAUGGUCAAGAUGGUCGUCGAGUGUUGUUCACAGGACCGCACGUACUCGAACUUUUACGGCCUCAUCGGAGAGCGUCUCUGCAAGCUGAAUCGCGUGUGGACCGACAACUUCCAGGAGGCCUUCCAGAACUACUACGGUACCAUCCACCGCUACGAGACCAACAAGCUUCGUAACAUUGGUCGCUUCUUCGGCCACCUCCUUGCCUCGGACGCCAUCUCGUGGGCGGUCCUUCACGUUGUUCACAUGAACGAGGAGGAGACCACCUCGUCGUCGCGUAUCUUUGUCAAGAUUGCCAUCAACGAGAUGAAGGAGGAGGUUGGUAUGAAGAAGCUGGUCGAGCGCUUGAGGUUCCCCGACCUCCAACCCGCCCUCGCGGGUAUGUUCCCCACCGACAACCCGCGCAACACCCGUUUCGCCAUCAACUACUUUACCCAAAUUGGUCUUGGUGCCAUCACCGAGGACAUGCGUACUUGGCUGCAGAAUGCGCCCAAGCUCCUUGCCGAGCAGCAUGCCGCCCAGAAGGCCGACGAGAGCUCGGACAGCGACUCGUCUUCGGACCUCUCCAGCUCGAGCUCCGAUUACUCGUCCGACUACUCGUCCGACGACUCGCGUCGUCCUCGUCGCAGGAGGUACUCGUCCGACUCGCGCUCUCCCCCUCCCCGUCGCAGGCGCUACUCGUCGGACGACUCGCGCGAUUCGCGCUCCCCCCCACCUCGCGCAAGGCGGUACUCGGAUGAUUCCGACCGCUCGCCGCCUCGCAGGAGGGACGACUCGGCUCCUCCUAAGCGUGAUGUCUCCCCUCCUGCCCGCAGGCGCGACGACUCACCGCCUGCGCGUCGCGCCGUGUCUCCUCCUGCUCGCCGUCGUGACGACUCUCCUCCCGCUCGCCGCCGUGAUGACUCGCCGCCCGCGCGUCGUGCGGCGUCUCCUCCUGCUCGCCGCCGUGAUGACUCUCCUCCCGCUCGCCGCCGUGAUGACUCGCCGCCCGCUCGUCGUGCGGUGUCUCCUCCUGCUCGCCGCAGGGACGACUCGCCCCCACGCCGUCGCGACGACUCUCCUCCUCGCAAGCGAUACGACUCGCCCCCUCGCCGCAGGUACGACGAUGACCGUUCCCCUCCUCGCCGCCGCUAG